ACCCAGACGGAAGUAGUAAAGAGAAGAGAAGAGCAGCAAUUGCUCAGGCCUUGGCGGGAGAAGUCAGUGUGGUGCCUCCAUCUCGUCUCAUGGCAUUACUGGGACAGGCACUGAAAUGGCAGCAGCACCAGGGGUUGCUUCCUCCUGGCAUGACUAUAGAUUUGUUCCGAGGUAAAGCAGCUGUCAAAGAUGUGGAAGAAGAAAAGUUUCCUACACAGUUGAGCAGGCAUAUUAAGUUUGGUCAGAAAUCACAUGUGGAGUGUGCUCGAUUUUCUCCAGAUGGUCAGUACUUAGUCACUGGGUCUGUUGAUGGAUUCAUUGAAGUAUGGAACUUUACGACUGGAAAAAUUAGGAAGGAUCUUAAGUACCAGGCGCAGGAUAACUUCAUGAUGAUGGACGAUGCUGUUCUUUGCAUGUGUUUCAGCAGAGACACAGAGAUGUUAGCAACUGGGGCCCAAGAUGGAAAAAUCAAGGUUUGGAAGAUUCAGAGUGGACAGUGUUUGAGGAGGUUUGAAAGAGCUCACAGUAAAGGUGUCACUUGUCUAAGUUUUUCAAAGGAUAGCAGUCAGAUCCUUAGUGCUUCUUUUGACCAGACAAUUAGAAUUCAUGGUUUAAAAUCUGGGAAAACCUUGAAGGAAUUUCGCGGCCAUUCCUCUUUUGUUAAUGAAGCAACAUUUACACAAGAUGGACAUUAUAUUAUUAGUGCCUCUUCUGAUGGCACUGUGAAGAUCUGGAAUAUGAAGACCACAGAAUGUUCAAAUACCUUUAAGUCCCUGGGCAGCACUGCAGGGACAGACAUCACUGUCAACAGUGUGAUCCUGCUUCCUAAAAACCCAGAGCACUUCGUGGUGUGCAACAGAUCAAACACAGUGGUCAUCAUGAACAUGCAGGGGCAGAUUGUCAGAAGCUUCAGCUCUGGUAAAAGAGAAGGUGGUGACUUUGUUUGCUGUGCCCUCUCUCCCCGUGGUGAAUGGAUCUACUGUGUGGGGGAGGACUUUGUGCUCUACUGUUUCAGCACAGUCACUGGCAAACUGGAAAGAACUUUGACAGUUCAUGAGAAGGAUGUGAUUGGUAUUGCUCAUCACCCGCAUCAGAACCUGAUUGCUACCUACAGUGAAGAUGGACUCCUGAAGCUUUGGAAACCCUAAUUUGACUCUUUUAAGAUAGCUUGAGAGCAUGUGCUUAAAUGAAGACAUAUUCUUGUGUUGCCUUUUUUUUUUUUUUUUUUUUUAAGGCCAGCUUUU